AAGUUAUCGGCUAGUUUAAACUAUAAAGCUUCUGCAGUUGCUGUUUGAUUUCAGUCGAUUCUAACUUUUUCUGCGCUCUUCAUUUAAUUAAAGAACAUUUACGAUAUCCAAACGCACAUUCACAUCAAAGUAAAAUAAUUUAAGAAAUAGUCAUCAGGGAAAAUACGUUACAUGAAUAUAGUUCUAGAAGAUUGGACUACGGGUGCUCAGAUAACGGCAUUGUGUUCCAUCAACGUUCACGUCAAGAGGAUUCCUAGGCUAUCACCCGAUAUGUCUGUGGUUUUACUUUUGGCGAUUGCGUGGUAUAGCCUUACAAGAAGGCCCAAAUGACAGCAGACAUAGGCCAGUAGCCUAUGAGUCGAAGGAGUCCUAGCCUCUGGAGCCAGCUCCCCCAGAGCUGUCAGGCUCCAUGUGACCGCUAUAAGCAUGCCUGCUGCUCUCAUGGGGGCCAAGUCUAUGUUCUGGGAGGCAGGGAGAAGCACUCUCUCAGGGACUUCUGGAGGUACAGUGUGGUGCAUAACCAGUGGACGGAGUUGGACUGUAGCAGUGAAGCAGCACCAGAGGAACUGGAGGAACACUCUAUGGUGGUCCAUCAGGGUUUCAUAUACGUCUUUGGAGGAAUGAUGGACUCUGCAUACACUCACUGGAAGAGUGCGUUGUGGGUAUUUGAUAUUGGAAAGGAACAGUGGGUGCACUGGCAGGGCAUGAGAAGCUCUUCUCAGAACCAGAUGCCUGUCAACAGAAAGGGCCACAGUGCCGUGAUGUUCAGCUCCACAAUGUACAUCUAUGGAGGAUACAUAGACAUGAGAGGCUCAUCACAGGAGUUCUGGAGUUUUGAUUUUGACACCAUGCUGUGGUCCCUGUUGCACAGUGCCCAGGGAGGGGAUGGUCCAGGUCCCAGACACAACCACUCUGCCAUCUCUCAUUUGGACAACAUGUACCUGUUUGGGGGUCUGAGGGGCCUGCGUGAGCAAAAAGACCUCUGGAGGUGGAGCUCCACAAGACACACCUGGAGCUGCCUCAAAACCCUGUCUGGCCCUUCUAGGCUGCUUGGACACUCAGCUGUGGUGUACAGGGACAAUAUGCUCUUGUUUGGGGGAGGAGAGAGCCUGGGAACACCCAGUAAUUGCCUGUGGAGGUACAGCUUUACCUCCCAGACUUGGGAGAAACUGACUGCGCUUCCUGGCUCCAGUCCCCCCUCCAGGAUCCAUCAUUGCUGUGUGGGACUGGGCCCCAGCUACCAGUCCAAGACAGGCACUUGUUCCCCUACUGCCACCAUAAAAAACAGCCUGGAAAACAGCAAGCUCAGGCCCUUUAAAAACAAAUGCUUCCCAGUAUCCCCCUGUCAGGGGACAGAGGGCGCUAUUGAGCUGGAGACCUUCAGCUCAGUGAAAGGCAAAAGCCUGAUUGAACUAGGUAUCUACUGUAAUGGACUGAAAGGGAAAGAUACCCAGAGAAUUGGGAACUGCCUGACAUUUGAAAACCAAGAGGCCUCCAGUAAGCAGUGGGAGGGUGAGGAGAGUUUGGUGGGCUCCGAGGAAAGCAUAACUGACCACCUGCCUGACCUACUGCUGGUGUUGGGGGGAAAUUCCAAAAGUGUACAUACAGCCAUCUCUGUGUGGCAUAUGACCCUCACUGACCUUUGACCUGUAACCCCCACAGAUGCAGAUGGAAGUGGUUGCUUUUUGUUUAGUUGCAUAUUUUUACAUGAUACUAUCUACAGAACAUAAGCCUCAGAGUUUGGGAAACAAAGACAGUGAGUCAAAAAUGUUUUUGUGAAAAGAGUGUGGUCUGCACUGUUGAAUGAGCAACACAUUUUUCAUGAAGUUAAAUCGUUUUUGAUGUGUUUUUCUUCUUUCCAAACAGUGUUAUAACACAGUACUUUAUCGUAAACAUGUUUAUCUACUUUAUAAGAUAAAUCAAAACGCAUAUAUGUAUGCUCUUGUAAAUUACAUUGUGGUUGACUGUUGUUAAAUAAAUGUUUUUGAAUGAACAAUAUUAAAACCAACAUUAUAUUUUCA